GUUUACGUAGUUUACGUAAAAUCGUUCGCCGCUCGUCUUCGCUUCAAAACAAGUUUUGGCUUGUUUCGCGGAUAGGAGGCAAGAUGCUGAAGCUCUGCAUCGCUUGUAGCUCGAAGGUCGCGGCCUCAAGUCGUACCUGCUCUUGUGGGCACGUGUUUUCACCAGAAACUCGAAGGAUUGGUGGGAAGCGGUUUUCAGGUUACCGUCUGGGGACUACAAGAAGACAGUCCUUCAGUACUCUUCGAGAAAAACAGCAAAAUGGCGCCAUAGUGAACAGCGAUCCAUCAGCUAAGAAGUUGAGAAAACCAGUCCUGUAUCAGAACGUAAAAAGUCCCAAAGCAGUCCAAGACAGAUCGAGGAUGUUCUCGGAUAAACCCAUCAUCAAGCGAAAGGGACACCAAAUCUCCAAAGAAAACCAAGCUAAAGCUAGAGUGAGAAAGAUUGACCACAUUAUGCAGGUGUUGUCUUCGCCAGAAAGACGUUUGAAACUCUCACUGGCAUUAGCUGAGAUCAACAGAAGAUUGGCAAGCCAAAUGCUCAUCUGGAAAAUGCUGCCCUGUGAAACUGGAUAAAAUACAGGCAAUCCUCUUUGUCUCAUCUGGAUCGUCACGCAAUGUUGUUGAGACGUUUUGCAAUGGCGUGACGACUGUUAACGAGAGCAUCUAACCGGGAAUGGCCAACGUAGAUAUAUGAAGUACAUCAAAGCUCUCCUGAAAUCUAUUCUGCAUGUAGCACAAACUUCGAGAAAAAGAACACUUUUGAAAAUCAUUGAAUAUGAAGAAAUCACUAAUAUCUAUUCAUCGGAAAGCUCGCACUUGCAAUCUAUCCGAAAAUGGACUGAUCCCAAGUCUUAAAAAGUACUUCAGAAAGCUCCAGUUCUGAGAUUGUUCUUAACCCUUGUCCUUUUCCGCAGUAUGACACUUAAAAGUGUCGUUCUGCCUUCUAACUGAAUAAGUCGAAGUUCUCUUUUGAAGCUCACUUCUACGCUGCAAAUACCUUUUUUCUUUAAUAUAUGGUAUAGUAGAUAAAGUAUAGGGGUAUAGAGGUUGCCGUGGUGUAAAUAUUCACAAGAGUUCCUGCGAUUUAUGUUGAGGCUAUCGACUACAUAGCUAGCCCUACAUGAUAGGUACCCUAACAUUACUGUAAAUUACACUUAUGGCUUAUAUAUGUACAAAUCAAAUCGUGCCUUUUUUUUUGAGAGAGGAAGAAUUCGAAGGUCUUAUGAUCAUACGAUUCGUUUUGCUGCCGUUUUCCUACCAUGUUAUAUGUAGCUGUUGAGAUUCGUGGUGGGAAAAUUUAAAGACAAAAUAAGCUUAUUUAUUUUUACUCUGUACAGUAUGUAAAAAAAUAACACCCAAUCAAAUGGAAUUUACAAAUCAAACAUUUAGUCACACCUCGUAUUGCUCUGAGUGCUAACAUCGAUGAGCCAGUAUUCCUGUAUUAGAACAUUACUGUAGAAAUCUUCGCCAAACAACAGAAGAUGGAUGAAUAAUGAAACACAUGUAUACACAUGAAAGAAAUUUGAGUCGGCAUCAUAUGAUGAGGUAUAUAUAAACGAAUAAAUACACAUGACAAUCAUUUUAAAAGACUCGUUAUUUAUUUACCGUUUCGAACAUAGAUCUUUUGCACUAUAGGUUCUUCAUCACUCAGGCGGUACAAGCGCCAAAUGCUUUACUUCUGUCAGCAGAUUACAGUCAAUUCCGAAAUUCUCCGAGCUUUGGAAACAUUUCCAAGAUAGAAAUCAUUCAUAGUUACUUUGAAAAACAAUGACUGAUUGACUGAUCCAGCCUACGUGGAAUGGGACGAGGGGAGGAAGGGCGGGAAUGGAAUGGGGGAAGGGGGUGUUCCUCCUCGGAAGUUGUUUUUUAUGUAGAAAAAAAGGGAAAAUAAACAACUUGUACCUGGAUAAAUCUUCCUCACUGAACAGGCCGCUAAUAGAAAUCAGGAGAUUGCAUCUGUUGGAUUCUGUUCUCUAGGUGUUGCCUAAAUUCUUCACCAGUCAGAGUCCUUUCCAUGUCGAAAGGUCUGAUCAGCCUAUCAGGAUGUAGCCUGUUCCAGGCUCUCGGUCAGUGGGGACGAUCGAAAAAAACGGCCGGGCGACG